AUGGCAAAUCCCUUUGCCGAACGCUCCGCUGAACUGCAUGCUCUUACACGAGCCGAGGAAGAGGCCUGCUUUAAAGAUUUGAAGGCCAAAGCGCUCAAGUUAUGCUCGGCUCCUAUCAAAGAAUUUGUGGAAUGCAGUAAAGAACACAACAUUACGGUCAUGUGGACUUGCCGUAGCAAGCUCAAGGAAAUGAAUCAUUGUCUCAACCAAUAUACGUCAAGAGAACAGUUGGAUAAGCUCAAGCUAGCAAAGUUGGCCGCCAAACGUGACGAGUUAUCCUCCAAUUCAGCACAAUAG